GAGCAGGUGGAUGAUGGCUGACGUCUGAAGCAGACUGACUGAAGUCCACAAGAUGAGUGCUUGGGUUGAGGAAGAGGAGGAGGACAGAGAAGAGCAUCCUGUGUCCAACUUCCUGUCUAUGAAGAGUGACCAGGACAACAAUCACCCUCCAGACUUCAGUAAUGAACCUGAACCCUCAAACACAAAAGGUCAGACUGACUACAGACAGAGAGCAGAGUAUCCAGCAUCAGACUGUCUGUCUAUGAAGAGUAACUGGUCCAAUCGUCAUCCUCCAAACUUCAGUAAUGAACCUGAACCCUCAGACACAAAACGUCAGACUGACUACAGACAGAGAGCAGAGUAUCCAGCAUCAGACUGUGUGUCUAUGAAGAGUGACUGGUCCAAUCGUCAUCCUCCAAACUUCAGUAAUGAACCUGAACCCUCAGACACAAAACGUCAGACAAGGCGAAGAAAGAGAGCAGAGUAUCCAGCAUCAGACUGUGUGUCUAUGAAGAGUGACUGGUCCAAUCUUCAGCCUCCAGACUUCAGUAAUGAACCUGAACCCUCAGACACAAAACGUCAGACUGACUACAGAAAGAGAGCAGAGUAUCCAGCAUCAGACUGUGUGUCUAUGAAGAGUGACUGGUCCAAUCGUCAUCCUCCAGACUUCAGUAAUGAACCUGAACCCUCAGACACAAAACUUCAGACAAGGCGAAGAAAGAGAGCAGAGUAUCCAGCAUCAGACUGUCUGUCUAUGAAGAGUAACUGGUCCAAUCGUCAUCCUCCAGACUUCAGUAAUGAACCUGGACCCUCAGACACAAAACGUCAGACAAGGCGAAGAAAGAGAGCAGAGUAUCCAGCAUCAGACUGUGUGUCUAUGAAGAGUAACUGGUCCAAUCGUCAGCCUCCAAACUUCAGUAAUGAACCUGAACCCUCAGACACAAAACGUCAGACUGACUACAGACAGAGAGCAGAGUAUCCAGCAUGGGACUGUGUGUCUAUGAAGAGUGACUGGUCCAAUCGUCAUCCUCCAGACUUCAGUAAUGAACCUGGACCCUCAGACACAAAAGAGAGGAUGAGGAAGAGGAGGAGUGGUGUCUCCAUGAAGCAGCUGUCCUGCUGUUCUUUGUGUCAGAACGUCCUGAAUGAUCCAGUCUCUACCAUCUGUAGACACUGGUUCUGCAGACAGUGCAUCAACUCAUACUGGGACCAGUCUGCUUCAUCUGGAGACUUCUCCUGUCCUCAGUGUGGAAAAAGAUUUAAAACAAGACCUGGACUGCAGACAGACAGUCAGACCAUCACUGUACAAAUGAGCGCUCCUCUCCUGGAGGUUUUACAUGUACAUAAGAUCAGUCUGGAGAUAAGAUGUUACUGUGUGACUGAAGGAACUGAUGAAGCAGGAAGUGAAGUCCUCCUCAACACCAUCUACACUGAGCUCUACAUCACAGAGGGACAGAGUGAAGAGGUUAAUACCCAACAUGAGGUGAAGCAGCUUGAGAGAGCUUCCAAGAUGGAGACCCUCAAUGAGACUCCAAUCAAGUGUCACGACAUCUUUAAAGUCUUACCAGCCAAAGACUUACCUGUUCAGUACUUACCUGACCAACAGAAAGACAUCAGGCUCGUCCUGACUUGUGGCGUCGCUGGUGUUGGAAAAACCUUCUCAGUGCAGAAGUUCACUCUGGACUGGGCACAGGGUUUGGAAAACAAAGAUAUCAUUCUGGUGAUUCUGUUUUCGUUCAGGGAGUUGAACCUGAUCAAAGAUGAGCAGUACAGUCUUCUCAUGCUGAUCCACAUUUUCCAUCCAACAUUACAGAAGCUCACAGCAGAGAUGCUCGCUCUCUGUAAAGUCUUGUUCAUCUUUGACGGCCUGGAUGAAAGCAAACUUUCAUUAAAUUUCAACAACAGGAAAGUGGUAUCUGAUGUCACACAGAAGUCAUCAGUCAGCAUGCUGUUGACAAACCUCUUCAAGGGGAAUCUACUUCCCUCUGCUCUCAUCUGGAUAACUUCCAGACCUGCAGCAGCCAAUCAGAUCCCUCCUACAUGUGUUGACAGAGUAACAGAAGUACGAGGCUUCACUGACGCCCAGAAGGAGGAGUACUUCCGGAGGAGAUUCAGUGAUGAAGAGCUGUCCAACAGAAUCAUCUCACAAAUUAAGUCUUCCAGGAGCCUCCACAUCAUGUGUCACAUCCCAGUCUUCUGCUGGAUCACUGCUACAGUUCUGGAGCACAUGUUGACCACAGACCAGACAGGAGAGCUGCCAAAGACCCUGACUGAAAUGUACUCACACUUCCUGCUGGUUCAGACAAAGAGGAAGAAGCACAAGUAUGAUGAGGGACAUGAGACGAGUCCACAGGAGCUGACGGAGGCUGACAGGGAAGUUCUUCUGAAGCUGGGAAGGCUGGCGUUUGAACAUCUAAAGAAAGGAAACAUCCUGUUCUACCAAGAAGACCUGGAGCGGUGUGGUCUCGAUGUCUCAGAGGCCUCGGUGUACUCAGGAUUUUGUACAGAGAUCCUCAAAAGAGAGAGUGUGAUCUUCCAGAAAUCAGUCUACAGCUUUGUACAUCUGAGUGUUCAGGAGUUUCUGGCUGCAGUCUACAUGUACCACUGUUACACCAGCAGCAACACAGAGGUACUGAAGGCCUUCCUGGGAAAAGACUACAGUCGCUCAUCCCUGGAUGAAUUCCUGAUGAAAGCCAUGGAGAAAUCUCUCAAAAGCAGAAAUGGCCACCUGGACCUGUUUGUUCGUUUCCUUCAUGGCCUCUCUCUGGAGUCCAACCAGAGUCUCUUAGGAGGUCUGCUGGGUCAGACAGUCAACAGUCCAGAAAUCAUCCAGAGAGUCAUCAACAACCUGAAGAAGAAAACGACCAGAAUCUCUCCUGAUAGAAGCAUCAACAUCUUCCACUGUCUGAUGGAAAUGAACGACUGCUCAGUACAUCAGGAGAUCCAAGAGUUCCUGAAGUCAGAGAACACAUCAGAGAAGAAACUCUCUGACAUCCACUGCUCAGCUCUGGCCUACAUGCUGCAGAUGUCAGAGGAGGUUCUAGAUGAUCUGGACAUGAAUAAGUACAACACAUCGUACCUGGGACAACAGAGACUGAUCCCAGCUGUGAGGAACUGCAGAAAGGCUGUGUUUGAGAACUGUGGACUCUCAGAGACUCACUGUGAAGUCGUGGCCUCAGCUCUGAAGUCCAACCCCUCACAUCUCAGGGACCUGGACCUGAGUAAGAACAACCUGAAGGAUUCAGCCAUGACGUUUUUGUCUGAUGGACUGGAGAGUCCAAACUGUAGACUGGAGACUCUGAGAUUGAGUGACUGCAGUUUGUCAGAGAGCAGCUGGACUUCUCUGGCCUCAGCUCUGAAGAACAACCCCUCCCAUCUGAGAGAGCUGGAUCUCAGUCUCAACAUCCUGCAGGAUUCAGUAACGAAGCUGCUGUGUGAAUUUGUGGUGGAUCCAAACUGUAGACUGGAGACUCUGAGAUUGAGUGACUGCAGUUUGUCAGAGAGCAGCUGUGCUUCUCUGGUCUCAGCUCUGAAGAACAACCCCUCCCAUCUGAGAGAGCUGGAUCUCAGUCUCAACAUCCUGCAGGAUUCAGUAAUGAAGCUGCUGUGUGAAUUUGUGGUGGAUCCAAACUGUAGACUGGAGACUCUGAGAUUGAAGGACUGCAGUUUGUCAGAGACCAGCUGUGCUUCUCUGGUGUCAGCUCUGAAGAACAACCCUUCCCAUCUGAGAGAGCUGGAUCUGAGUGGAAACAAGCUGCAGGAUUCAGACGUGACACUGUUUUGUGAUUUUGUGGAGAGUCCAAACUCUAGUCUGAAGACUCUGAGAUUGAAGAGCUGCAGUUUGUCAGCGAUCAGCUGUGCUUCUCUGGUCUCAGCUCUGAAGAACAACCCCUCCCAUCUGAGAGAGCUGGAUCUGAGUUACAACAACCUGACGGAUUCAGUAAUGAAGCUUCUGUGUGACUUUGUGGAGAGUCCAAACUGUAAACUGGAGACUCUGAAACUGAAGCUCUGCUGUUUGUCAGAGAUCAGUUGUGCUUCUCUGGCCUCAGCUCUAAGGUCAAACCCCUCGGAUCUGAGAGUGCUGGAUCUGAGGUUCAACAACCUGAAGGAUUCAGACAUGAAGCUGCUGUCUGAUCUUAAGGAGAGUCCAGACUGUAGACUGGAGACUCUGAGAUUGAAGGACUACAGUCUGUCAGAGAUCAGCUGUGCUUCUCUGGUCUCAGCUCUGAAGAACAACCCCUCCGAUCUGAGAAAGCUGGAUCUGAGUGGAGACAAGCUGAAGGAAUCAGACGUGAAACAGAUGUGUGGCUUUAUGAAGAGUCCAAACUGUAGACUGGAGACUCUGAAUUUGUGGCGCUGCAGUUUGUCAGAGAUCAGCUGUGCUUCUCUGGUCUCAGCUCUGAAGAACAACCCCUCCCAUCUGAGAGAGCUGGAUCUGAGCUGGAACAAGCUGACGGAUUCAGUAAUGAAGCUGCUUUCUGAUUUUGUGGAGAGUCCAAACUGCAGACUGGAGACUCUGAAAUUGAGGUGGUGCAGUUUGUCAGAGAUCAGCUGUGUUUCUCUGGUCUCAGCUCUGAAGAACAACCCCUCCCAUCUGAUAGAGCUGGAACUGAGUAGAAACAACCUGCAGGAUUCAGUAAUGAAGCUGCUUUGUGAUUUUGUGGAGAGUCCAAACUGCAGACUGGAGACUCUGAGAUUGUGGGGCUGCAGUUUGUCAGAGAUCAGCUGUGCUUCUCUGGUCUCAGCUCUGAAGAACAACCCCUCCCAUCUGAGAGUGCUGGAUCUGAGAGGAGACAACAACAAGAUGAAGGAAUCAGACAGAAAACUGCUCUCUGAUCUUAAGGAGAGUCCAGACUGUAAACUGGAGACUGUGGACUAUAAUCCAUGGUGAAUAUGAGUGAACAUCCAGCAGUGUGUGUUGAGAGAGGAUCAGCUGUAUCCUGAUGAUCCAGAGAGGUUGAAGCAGCAGUUUGUGUGUAGAGAGGCUUUGACUGGACCAUGUUACUGGGAGGUAGAGUGGAGAGGAGAGCUUCAUCCAGCAGUGACUGACAGAGGAAUCAGAAUAAGUGGAGAUGACUCUCAGUGCUGCAGUCUGAACUGAUCUGAGAACAGCUCCACUGUCAGACACAAAGUCAAGUCCACCAUCAUCCCUGUGUGUUCCUCUGGAUCUGACAGAGUAUCAUCAGUGUAUCUGGACUGAUCUGCUGCUGCUCUGUCCUUCUACACACUGAGACUCCUCCACCAAACCACCUCCUCCAUCCCUUCUCCUCGACCUGAGUCUGGAUUUUGGUCCAUCUGGAUCAUUUCCAGCAGAGGCUUAUUCAGAAAGACCUCUAAACAUUAUGUCUUUAUUUAAUUUUUAAAUGUCUCUUUACUUUCAAUCAUGUCACCAUUUGAAUCACUUGGUAUUGUCAAAAUUAAGUACAAGCACUUAUAAAUUCUUCUCUACUUGACUAAAUGUACUCUGUUACUUUCCACCACUGCAGGCUGAACUCCUGUAAAGAUGAAAGUCACUGCAGUAUUUUUGUGUUGUAGCGCCACUGUGUGGAAUGAUGCAGUAUUGCAGCUACUUUACAGAUAAUCUUUCUUCAUAUUUUUAAUCAAAUUAUGAAGUAAAGUCAAAUGUCAUUCAUAUUAGUGCUAUGUUUUAAUACAUAUUUCUAUUUUUUGAUGAAUUCUGUAACUGAGUGUAUUAAUGCUGAUAUUAACACACCUGAUAUCCACAUCCCGUUUCACCUUUUUCCUGUGUAACACAAGUUGUCAGAUAUGAUAUAUGUUAAAUAAAGCUGAUUUAUUGUCAA